CCUAAAUUAUUUAAAGUUUUUAUUAGCUCUCUCUCUCUCUCUCUCUCUCUCUCUUUUCUAAAUGGAGGAUAUCAAACAUCCCCUUCUCACCUCCAGAGAGGAAGACCAAACCAACAAUGAUCAAUCACAAUCCCUCCCUUUAUCAUCAAACCAUUCCUUCGCUUCCUCUUUCGCUCCUGACGCCGAUGACAUCCAGCCGAUCAACGGAGUUCGAGAUUUCUUCAGAGAAUUCCAAACUGAAGUCAAGAAACUUUGGUACCUCGCCGGUCCGGCCAUCUUCACCUCCAUAUGCCAAUACUCCCUCGGCGCCAUCACUCAAGUAUUUGCCGGACACGUUGGCACUCUCGAACUCGCCGCCGUCUCCGUCGAAAACUCUGUUAUAGCCGGCUUCUCCUUUGGCGCCAUGCUUGGAAUGGGAAGCGCUCUGGAAACACUAUGCGGUCAAGCAUUCGGAGCAGGACAAGUGGAUAUGCUUGGGAUAUAUAUGCAAAGGUCAUGGGUCAUCCUCAAUACAACAGCAGCGUUAUUGAGUCUGCUUUACAUAUUCGCAUAUCCAUUUCUAGAACUCAUAGGGCAGACGGCGGAGAUAUCGAAAGCCGCUGGAGUGUUCUCGGUGUGGAUGAUUCCGCAGCUGUUCGCUUACGCCAUGAAUUUUCCGAUCGCGAAGUUCUUGCAAUCUCAGAGCAAGAUCAUGGUUAUGGCUCUGAUAUCGGUGGUGGCUCUGAUUCUUCACACGGUGUUUAGCUGGUUGCUGAUGUUGAAGCUUGGAUGGGGAUUGGUUGGUGCAGCGGUGGUGCUUAAUGGGUCGUGGUGGUUCAUAGUGAUCGCUCAGCUUUUGUAUAUAUUCAGUGGGACUUGUGGCAGAGCUUGGUCUGGGUUUUCAUGGCAGGCCUUUCAAAAUCUAUGGGGUUUCGUUAGAUUAUCUCUAGCAUCAGCUGUCAUGCUCUGUUUGGAAGUUUGGUACUUCAUGGCGCUGAUUCUAUUUGCUGGAUAUCUAAAGAAUGCAGAAGUUUCCGUGGAUGCACUCUCCAUUUGCAUGAACAUAUUGGGAUGGACAAUCAUGGUGGCUCUAGGCAUGAAUGCAGCUAUAAGUGUGAGAGUAUCAAAUGAGCUUGGAGCGGCUCAUCCAAGAACAGCAAAAUUCUCAUUGGUGGUGGCGGUAAUAACAUCGUUUAUAAUCGGUGUCCUCCUGUCGUUGAUCCUCAUCAUAUGGAGAGGUGAAUAUCCAGAUUUAUUUUCGGAUGAUUCAGAGGUUAAAAAUCUUGUUAAGAAGCUCACACCGUUGCUGGCUACCUGCAUUAUCAUUAACAAUGUUCAACCUGUUCUAUCUGGGGUCGCCAUUGGAGCGGGAUGGCAAGCUGUUGUAGCAUAUGUAAAUAUAGCCUGUUACUAUGUAUUUGGAAUCCCAUUGGGCCUUAUAAUGGGCUACUUACUUAACAUGGGUGUUCAGGGAAUUUGGAUUGGUAUGCUGUCCGGCACAGUCGUACAAACCUGUGUUCUUUUCUGGAUGGUUUACAAAACUAACUGGAAUAAAGAGGCUUCUAUAGCUGAAGACAGGAUAAGGAAAUGGGGAGGACACAAAGAUUCCAAGCAAAACGAUGCUGAAAAUUAAUCAAAAUGUACCCAAGCCAUCAUAAACGAUUUUGAGCCAAGUAUAAAAACAGAGACGCAGCAGAUUGGUGAUCUUCCCUGGAUGGCCAUGAAGCCUAGGCCAGCAUUUGAGGGCCCCUAAGCCACACCCUCAAAGAAUAUUUUCCUCCCAUUUUUUUAUUAUUAUUUAUGUUGUUUCGAUUUCUGAUUUUAUUUCCUGUACUUUUUUCCUUACCUUUGUUUUUAUUUUUCUUUUAUUUUUUUGAGUUUAAUGGACUUGUUCUAAAACAACUCUUGAAUUUAGAGUUAGCCUUGUUACCAUUAUUUUUUUUUAAAAGCUAAAUUCAUAAGAACCAA